GCCACCGUUCACAGAAGAAGGGAAGAAGUGCGCACGUUUUGAGUCAAGAUGUCUUCACCAUCAUCCCAGAGCCGUAAGAGAGACCCUCCGACCCCGGCGAGCGAGGAUCCUCUGUCUCCUCCAUCCCAGCGCUCCAGAGCUCAUGAUACCUCCACUGAGCUGCAGCCAAUGCCCACCUCUCCGGCUCAGGAUGCAUCGCUGUUCUCCAGCCCCAUGGCCCCGCGCUCCGUCUUGCAGAGUGAGAUUGAUGCCAGUUCUCCUCUGAUGUACGGGACGCCCAGCUCCAGGGUGGAAGGAACGCCCCGCAGCGGCAUCCGCGGGACACCGGCGCGCCAGCGGGCUGACCUGGGAUCUGUGCGGAAAGCCCCGCAGGUCGACAUGCACUCUGAGCCGGCCUCUGGAGACGCAGCAGUGGCCGGAGAUCAGGGUGCAGGACAGAGGCUCGUGAUCUGGGGGACUGAUGUCAAUGUGGGAACCUGCAAGGAGAAGUUUCAGCGUUUCCUUCAGCAGUUCACAGACCCCGACUCGAGAGAAGAGGAGAACGCUGGUCUGGAUCUCAAUGAACCGCUUUAUAUGCAGAAACUGGAUGAGAUCAGUGUUGUUGGAGAGCCGGUGUUGAAUGUGAACUGCACUCAUAUUCAGACAUUUGAUGCUGAUCUGUACCGCCAGCUCAUCUGUUAUCCACAGGAAGUCAUCCCCACUUUCGACAUGUCUGUCAAUGAGCUCUUCUUCGAUCGUUUUCCAGACUCUGUGUUGGAGCAUCAGAUUCAAGUGCGACCCUACAGCGCUAUUAAAACCAGAAACAUGCGCAACCUCAAUCCUGAAGACAUUGACCAGCUCAUCACUAUCAGCGGGAUGGUGAUCCGUACAUCUCAGCUGAUCCCGGAGAUGCAGGAGGCUUUUUUCCGCUGUCAGGUUUGUGCGUUUAACACGCGUGUGGAGGUGGAUCGCGGACGCAUCGCUGAACCCGCCGUCUGCCGAAACUGCAACACCACACACAGCAUGGCACUGGUGCACAACCGCUCCGUCUUCUCCGACAAACAAAUGAUAAAGCUGCAGGAGUCUCCGGAGGACAUGCCUGCGGGUCAAACUCCUCACACCACAGUCGUCUACGCUCACAACGACCUGGUGGACAAAGUGCAGCCCGGAGACCGAGUCAACAUCACCGGCAUCUACAGAGCUGCCCCGAUGCGUCUGAACCCACGGCAGAGCCAGGUGAAGUCUGUUUACAAGACCCACAUUGACGCCAUUCACUUCCGCAAGACUGACGAGAAGCGUCUGCAUGGACUGGACGAGGACGGAGAGCAGAAACUCUUCACUAAAGAACGAGUCGCUCUGCUAAAAGAGCUAGCCGCUAAACCUGACGUCUAUGAGCGCCUGUCCUCUGCUCUGGCUCCCAGCAUCUACGAACACGAGGACAUCAAGAAGGGCAUCCUGUUGCAGUUAUUUGGCGGGACGCGUAAGGACUUCACUCAGACGGGCCGAGGAAACUUCCGUGCUGAAGUCAACAUCCUGCUGUGUGGUGAUCCGGGCACCAGUAAAUCCCAGCUGCUGCAGUACGUGUACAACCUGGUUCCUCGCGGUCAGUACACGUCCGGGAAAGGAUCCAGCGCCGUUGGUCUCACAGCCUACGUGAUGAAGGAUCCUGAAACCCGACAGCUGGUCCUGCAGACCGGAGCGCUCGUGCUCAGCGAUAAUGGCAUCUGCUGCAUCGACGAGUUCGACAAGAUGAGCGACAACACCAGAUCUGUGCUGCACGAGGUCAUGGAGCAGCAGACGCUCUCUAUUGCUAAGGCUGGGAUUAUUUGUCAGCUUAAUGCUCGGACCUCCAUCCUCGCAGCAGCCAAUCCGGUGGAGUCUCAGUGGAACCCCAAAAAGACAACGAUAGAGAACAUUCAGCUGCCUCACACACUGCUGUCCAGGUUUGAUUUGAUCUUCCUAAUGCUGGACCCUCAGGACGAGGCGUAUGACAGGCGUCUGGCGCACCACCUUGUCUCUCUGUAUUAUCAGAGUGAAGAGCAGAUUGAAGAGGAGCAUCUGGACAUGGCUGUACUGAAAGACUACAUCGCCUUCGCUCGCACAACUGUACAUCCCAGACUGAGUGAAGAAGCCAGUCAGGCCCUUAUUGAGGCCUAUGUGGACAUGCGCAAGAUCGGCAGCGGUCGAGGGAUGGUGUCUGCGUAUCCCCGUCAGCUGGAGUCACUCAUCAGGCUAGCUGAAGCUCAUGCUAAAGUACGCUUCUCUGGAAAAGUGGAGACCAUCGAUGUGGAGGAAGCCAAGAGACUCCAUCGAGAAGCCCUGAAACAGUCCGCAACUGAUCCCAGGACAGGAUUUGUGGAUAUUUCCAUCCUCACCACAGGAAUGAGCGCUACAGCACGCAAGCGUAAGGAGGAAGUGGCUCAAGCACUGAAGAAGCUCAUCCAAUCAAAGGGCAAAACACCAGCAAUGAAGUACCAACAGCUGUUCGAUGAUCUCCGUGGCCAGUCGGAAGCGGCCAUCACUAAGGACAUGUUUGAUGAAGCCCUCAGACUUCUGGCUGAUGAAGAUUAUCUGACGGUCACAGGAAAAACUGUCCGGCUUCUCUAAAUCUUUGACUCUGCUGCUUCCUCUUUCGCUGCUUGCAUUUCCUGUUGUGCUUUUUCUAUCGAGCAAAUGUUGUUAAUAGUGUGUGGAGCCUUUCUGGUUACAAUAAAUGAGUUUUGUUAUUCUUACAAAGAUUUUGUAUAUAGUGUGUGGUUUAGUUGUUUUGCAAAUAGGUAAUAUGCAAAGCAUGUGCUCUCUGACCCAAAGCCAUUGAGGUGUUAGUGAAAACAUUAAAGAACGCUUUAUAUCUGGUGCAGAAACAAGAUGAAGAUGAAACAAUUCACAGUGUGUAUAAUGACAUGAAUGGAUUAAAAACACUGCGUAUUAUCCUGCAGGAGUUUGAACAUUGACAUAAACGAUGUGGUUAAUAUAAAUGGAUUCUUUUUACAAUGGCAAAGUAAUUGAAGACUGAAAUAAACAGCUGGUUGUUCUAA